AGGGGGAAAGUUGUUGACAGCGAGAGCGGCAGCAGCAGCGGCGGCAGGACUUUGGGAAAGCGCGGCUCAAGUAGCAUCUCGGCACCAGGACGAGGACAGGUGAGCUCAGACACCUUUUCCGGUCCAUCAGCUCAGCCUGAUGCUGAAGCGCAAUGGCUUCUAAAAGUAUCGUAGCACAUUCUGCGCUUAGGGUGUCACUUCCUGCAGUAAAGGGGGGAGGGAGAUGAUAUGAUGUGACUAUUCAGCGCAGUAAAAGCCAAACGAGCCUCUUCAGGAUCAGCAUGAGCAGCUGAUGACCGACGCCCGCCCGCCUUCCCUCCCUUGCGAGAUCAUGAGCGCGCAGGGCCGGAGAGUGCGCUUGAAGCCUUGGCUCGUGGCUCAGGUGGACAGCGGCCGUUUCCCUGGCCUCCAUUGGGUCGACUGGGAGCGCCGACUCUUCCAGAUCCCCUGGAAGCACGCCGCGCGCAGCCUGCCGACGACGCAUCAAGAGGAAAGCUCCAUCUUCAAGGCGUGGGCGCUGGAAACGGGCAAAUUUCAGGAAGGUGUGGACGAGCCCGAUCCGGCCAAGUGGAAGGCAAACCUGCGCUGCGCGCUCAACAAGAGUAAAGAGUUUCGGCUCCACUUUGACGGCACCAAAGAGACGCCCCUGCAGGCCUGCAAAAUCUACCAGCUUGUAGACUCAGAUGCUGCCGCCGCCGCCAACGACGAGAUGCCAAACGUGACAGAGCUGACCAUCGACCCCGGGAUCUGCGGCCCCGCCUCUUCCGUGUCCGUCCUGCCGCCGCACGGUGAUGCCAACCGCUUCCGGGUAUCCGCCACCUCCGAACUCCCUCGGCAGGACUUCCAAAUAUUUGAUGAGGUCGACCGCCCGGAGGCGAGCAACGAGGUCCGGCCUCAAGUGGACUCUGCAAACCUGCUCGCCAGCAUCCCAUCAACAGAUCUGGAUCUGAAGUUUCAGUACCGCGGCCGCUCCGUGGGUUCGCUGACUGUCAGUAACCCCCAGGGCUGCCGGCUUUUCUACGGCCAGCUGGGGCCCGACCCGCGGCAAGUGGACCUGUUUGGACCCGUCGACCUGCAACAGGUUUCCUUCCCGGGGACUUCGGAGAUCCUGAGCCAGAAACAGCGCCAAUUCACAGAGGCCCUGCUGAGCGUGAUGGAUCGCGGACUCAUCCUAGAAGUCUGGGAGCAAGACAUCUACGCUGUCCGCCUCUGCCAAUGUAAGGUGUACUGGUCUGGACCGGGAGCACCCCAUCAGGGUGGGCCCAAUCAGUUGGAGAGGGAGAGAAGGGUCAAAGUGUUCAGCCUCAACGACUUCCUCCAAGGACUGAUCUUGUACCAGAAGGGCGAGGCUGGGAAUUCCCCCCCUUACGAGAUCUGUUUCUGCUUCGGGGAGGACUGGCCCGAUGACCAGAAACCAAAAGAGAAGAAACUCAUUGUGGUUCAGGUGGUUCCGGUAGUGGCUCGAAUUCUAACAGAGAUGUUCUCAGGUGAGCACAGCUGGUCCAUUGAUAGCAUCCGCCUGCAGAUCUCCAACCCGGAUGUAAAGGACCAGACAGUGGAGCAGUUCAAAGAGCUCCAGAGACUCCUGCAGAGUCAAAAUCUCCAAGGACCCUGAACUGCCGCUAUCCCCCGACAAGCGCCACUCACAGCCCCCGCGCCUGAUUCAAACUAGGAGAUCCAUCCGUACCACGCAUUCUUUGCAAGAUAGUGCAUUUGGAUUUGUGUGUGUAUUUGUGCAUAAGGUCGAUGUUCAUUUCAAGAUCUGAUUCUGCAGCUCAAUACACUCUUUGGCUUUUAUUGA